UGGAAAUUCACUUCAGUUUUGCCUGAAAUCUAAUAAAAAUAAAUUGGGGUCUUCUCCUACAUUUCCUCGCAAUUUCUCUCCAUCCUGCACAUCUUCUUAUUUCUUGUUUCCAUGGAAUAUCUUUCAAACUUAUAUAUAUCUAACGAUCCAUCCUCAGAGCUCUCACACCUAGAGCUUGUUUUCUCUUUUGAGCAUAUAGAAUGGGAAAUGUAUCAGCAAGAUGCAGGAGAGUUCUUGAUAUAGCAAGAGGAUUAACAGUAGAAGAUGCUAUGGAUACUGAAUACGACUCACUGGAACAGGUUACUGAAGCUCUAAGAGAAGCUGGUCUUGAAUCUUCAAAUCUCAUAGUCGGCAUUGAUUUCACAAAGAGCAAUGAGUGGACAGGCAAAUCAUCCUUUGGCGGUCGAAGCUUGCAUGACACAAGAGGAAAUCUGAAGAACCCUUACGAGCAAGCGAUACUGAUCAUCGGCCAAACCCUUUCAGAUUUUGAUGAGGACAAUCUUAUCCCAUGCUUUGGCUUUGGAGAUGUGACAACUCAUGACAAAGAUGUCUUCAGUUUCAAUCCUGGCCAUAGUCCAUGCAAUGGUUUCAUGGAAGCAUUGCAGCGCUACAGAGAAUUAGCUCCUGGAAUCAAACUUUCCGGGCCGACAUCAUUUGCUCCGAUAAUUGAAACAGCAAUGAGGAUUGUUGAUGAGAGUGGUGGACAGUAUCAUGUUCUUCUAAUUAUAGCAGAUGGACAGGUGAGCCGAAGCUGUGAUGUCGAAAUCGGCCACUAUAGCCCGCAAGAGGAAGACACCAUUGCUGCCAUUGUUGAAGCUAGCAAAUAUCCGUUGUCGAUAGUUUUGGUCGGAGUGGGAGACGGCCCUUGGGAGUUGAUGAAAGAAUUCGAUGAUCGUAUACCUGAAAGAGCAUUCGACAAUUUUCAGUUUGUGAAUUUCACCGAGAUAAUGUCUAGAGAUGUUCCGAUGAGUCAGAAGGAGGCAGGUUUCGCGGCAGAGGCACUGAUGGAAGUCCCUGCUCAGUAUCAAGCUUCCAUAAACCAUGGACUUUUAGGUUGCAGUCGAGGAACUCCGAGAAAGAAUCCUCUUCCUCCUCCGUCGAGGAGGCGUGCCGGUACAAACUUUGCAACAAAUUCUCCAAGAUUCUUCCAGGAUCAUCAACGAUCUUAUAGCUAUUGGCCAUCGACAUGAAAUGAUGUUUUUUGCAUUGCCAACUAUCCAAUUGUGGUUUCUGCAUUCCUUGUACAUUUUUAAAGAGCCUCUCAUUUAAUUUUCACAUUAUUGUAAUGGUAUCAUUGAAUAUGAAUCAGCAUAUUUGCACUUAAUUUUUCAAUAUGUGAUUAUUUUUAA